AUGAACCUGGAGAAAUCAGGAGAAUCUGAGCGUGUCCUAGGCUUGAUAUGGAAACCAACUGAGGACGUCUUCACUUUCGAUCUUAGCAGCCUCAAGGAUGAAAUUAGAGUACUGAUCGACAGCACUAGAACACCGACCAAGCGACAGGUUCUGCGAACAAUUAUGUCUCUGUUUGACCCGCUUGGUUUUAUUUCUCAUUUUGUCAUUCACGGCAAAAUUUUGAUGCAGCAAAUAUGGAGAGCGGGUACCGACUGGGAUGAGUUUAUCUCAGAUGAUCUUCAGGAGAAGUGGAGAUAUUGGUGCCAGUACAUGCAGCGACUAGAAGAGGUAUCAGUGCCACGCUGCUUCUUCAAUAUGAUGGAAAGUUCUGCGGUAAAAAAAGUAGAAGCUCAUCUGUUCGUCGAUGCAAGUGAAGGGGCCUGUGCGGCGGUUUUAUACCUCCGGUUAGUUGACAAUGGGCUUCCUCGAUGUGCGCUUGUAGCGGCAAAAACAAAAGUCGCGCCAUUGCGACCCGUUUCCGUGCCACGUUUAGAGUUGCAAGCGGCGAUGAUUGGCACAAGAUUGCUCGAUGCCGUGAUGACUUCGCUGGAUAUUCAAGUAGCCACUCGCUACCUCUGGUCGGAUUCAUUAACCGUUUUGAGCUGGUUGCGAUCUGAUAGCCGAAAAUAUCACCAGUUCGUAGCAUUUCGCGUGGGAGAGAUUCUCACCACUACAAGCGUGGAUGAGUGGCAUUACGUGCCAUCCAGAUUGAAUGUAGCCGACCUAGCCACAAAAUGGAAAGACGGGCCAAAUUUUGAUCCGAAUAGCCCAUGGUUUCGUGCACCGGAUUUUUUGUAUUCAUCGAAGGAACAGUGGCCAAAAGAACCGGCACAGAAAUGUACAGAGACGAACAACGAGCUACGAGCUGCAUUUCUAUUCCAUGGCAUAAUUCCUCAGCCGUUGUUCACUGUAGCAAGGUUCUCGAACUGGAAUCGACUCUUGAGGACAGCAGCUUACGUUCUACGAUCGGUGUGUAGAUUCAAGGGAGAAAAAGGCUUUAAACAAAAUCCGCUGACGCAGAAAGAACUGUACGAUGCAGAAAACGUGUUGUGGAGGCAGAUACAAACUGAUAUGUAUCCAGACGAGUACGCGAUUCUUCUUCGCAAUCGAGAAAAUCCCAGAAACCCAGUCCCACUUCCAAAAUCCAGUCCACUAAAUCGGAUUUCACCUUUCCUUGAUGAGACUGGGGUUAUCCGUAUGAAUAGCAGGCUGACCGCAGCGAAAUCCAUUGCGACUGAUUUAAAAUAUCCGAUCAUACUGCCUCGACAGCACGCUGCAACUUACCUUCUUGUGGAUAACUAUCAUCGGAGGUUUCUUCAUGGUAACGGGGAGACAGUUUGCAACGAGAUGCGUCAGCGAUUUUAUAUACCUGGAUUGAGAACAGUAAUACGACAGGUGUCGAAACAGUGCGUAAUCUGCCGUGUGAAGAAAACCAUUCCGCAACCACCAAUGAUGGCACAGCUACCCGAAGUACGAGUCACCGGACUUGUUCGUCCCUUUACGCACACCGGGGUGGACUAUUUUGGUCCAAUACAGGUAAAACUAGGCCGUAGUUUAGUGAAAAGGUGGGUGGCGCUAUUCACGUGUCUAGCGAUACGUGCUGUGCAUGUUGAGUUAGUGCAAGGGCUGUCAACACAAUCCUGUAUAUUGGCAAUAAGACGAUUUGUGGCUCGUCGUGGCUCGCCGAAGUCCUUCCACAGCGAUAACGGGACAAACUUCCUGGGAGCCAGCAACUUGCUUGCAAAGCAAAUUCGAGAUAUCCAUGAAGAUUGUGCAGUCACCUUUACUAACUCUGGGACCAGCUGGGAGUUCAAUCCACCAUCAGCGCCUCACAUGGGCGGUUCGUGGGAGCGCAUGGUGCGCUCGGUUAAGGUAGCUAUAGCAGCGAUUGCGGACCACCCGCAUCAUCCAAACGACGAAGUAUUGCAGACUGUAAUCGCCGAAGCGGAAUCUGUAAUAAACUCGCGACCGUUAACCUACAUUCCUCUGGAAUUUGCCGAGCAAGAGGCAUUAACGCCAAACCAUUUUUUGCUAUUUGGAACUCAAGGCGUCGUUCAACCUGCAUCCGUGCUGAAUACCACCGGGAGCAGUUUGAGGGACAGUUGGCGGCUUGCCCAAUAUUUGGUGGACCAGUUCUGGCGUCGAUGGCUUCGCGAGUACCUGCCCACAAUAACUAGACGCACUAAAUGGUUCGAGCCUGUGAAGCCGUUGGAGCCAGGGGACCUUGUACUCGUCGUCGACGAAGGCAAGCGGAACGGUUGGCUAAGGGGGCGCAUUCUGAACGUAAUCACAGCUGGCGACGGACAAGUUCGGCGAGCAGUUGUGCAAACAAAAAAUGGCUUGCUACACCGACCGGCGGUUAAGCUAGCUCUCCUGGACCUUCAGACAUCUGGCCGACCAGGAACUACACGGGCAGGGAUGUUGCGGGACCACUGA